UUCAUUAAAGAGGAAAAUGUUUGAGGUCUUUGACAAGCCAUAUGCGGAUCCUGUCCACCUACCAUUGGCCAGAGAUUUGCAGCCCGUCCUAUUAAUAGUUUUUGGGUAUCUUUUGUUUGUGCUGAAAUUGGGCAGACAAUGGAUGGCGCAUCGUCAACCAUUUCAAUUGCGUGGAAUACUUAAGAUCUACAACGUUAUGCAGAUCUUAUACAAUGGAUCUCUGCUUAUAUGUGGUCUGCAUUUGAUAUUCGUUGAGAGUCCUUACAAUCUUAGUUGUACGACUGUCCUGCCCUUGGAUCAUAGGCUCAAAUUAAUGGAACGUACAUUAUCCUAUCUGUAUUAUAUCAACAAGUUAAUCGAUCUGCUCGAUACAUUGUUUUUUGUGCUACGCAAGAAAGACAAACAAAUAACAUUUCUGCAUGUCUUCCAUCAUGUUUUCAUGGCCGUUACCACAUUUCUUCUGAUACGCUUCUAUGGACAUGGUGGCCAAGUCUUUGUAACCUGUAUGCUUAACAUAUUAAUUCACGUUGUAAUGUAUAGUUACUAUUACAUUUCAUCCCAGAGUGAACACGCCCAGCAAAGUAUUUGGUGGAAAAAAUAUCUAACUCUAAUGCAAUUAGUACAAUUCUCCAUAAUGUUUUCAUAUAAUUUAUUUCUCUAUGUGCAACCAAAUUGUGAGUCAUCUGAUGGCGUUAGCAUUACAGUCUGUUCGGCGUCUUUGUUUAUGUUCAUAAUGUUCUCCAAGUUUUAUAUAAACACAUACAUUCGGUCUAAAAACAAAAAUUUAAAAUCAAAAUAAAAUUACACAAUGCAAACCGGAUAGUUUAUGUGCCUAAUUGCUUAUACUAAAAUAGAUCAAGAUCUUAGAAGCUAAACGUGCUCAGUCUGGAGACUGGACUGAAGAAAAGCAAAUCUUCUAAUAUUCAAAAAUUGGCGACGUAUAAUAUAGUCUUUGAGUAUGUACCUAGUAUAUAGAAUAAAUAAAUAAACUAAUUGUAAAAAUCAAA